AUGGCUUCGCCUGGGGCAUCCUUUAUUAAGGGUACGUUGGUGGGGAUCGUUUCCUGGGCUUUGCUAACUACUCUCAGCCAUAUUCACAUUCGACAUGAGGGUCUGCUUCAAAACCACAGACACCGUCACCUUCCCCCACCCGGCGGAAAGGAGUUCUUAAACUUGUUAGACGCCACACGCUCGCAGCUCAACCGAAGCAUCCGGGUCCUGUGUGUCAUCCUCGGAGAAUGGGAAGACCAGAGCGACUGGGCCGUCCUGAAAAAGACCUGGACCAAGCACUGCGACGGCGCAGAGCUGGUCCGAGCGAAGAGCGACGAUCGGUGGAUUCAGAUGAGGGACACGUACAAGUAUGUCUUUGGGAAGUACGGCUACAACUACAGCUGGUACUUUGUUACCCUCCCCACCACCUUCGCGGUCAUCGAGAACUUAAAGUACUUUCUCCUGACCAGGGACGCCUGGCAACCUUUCUACCUGGGCCACACCGCCCUCUCUGGAGACCUCGAGUAUGUGACUGCCGAAGGAGGAAUUGUCUUGAGCAUAGAGUCGAUGAAAAGAUUUAUCCAAAGGCUCCUUAACGACCAAAGCUGUUCAGAUCCCAAUUUGAUCUGGAAUCUAGCCUACGAUAGGCAGCUUGCCCUCUGCCUGAAGAAUGCAGGCAUUUUAGCCGAAAACGCAGAGGAUUUUGAAGGGAAAAAUGUAUUUAAUACAAAACCAAUCGCAUAUCUUAUUCAAGAGGCCAUGCUCGGCUACCCUCAACAAAUAGUAAAAGGUUGCUGUUCGGAUAUGGCUAUUACUUUUAACGGACUGACUCCCGAAAAGAUGGAAGUAAUGAUGUAUGGAGUAUAUCGGCUCCGGGCAUUUGGACAUCAUUUCAAUGACUCGCUAGUUUUCUUGCCGCCACAUGGUUCAAAAAACGACUGA